GUGGUGCGCCUCCUCGGGCCGCGACCCCGGGCUCUGGCGUGGGGUGGGACCGGGGUGGGGGCAGAUCUGUGCAAAAUGUGCCGGGGCUCCCCGGGAGAGGAGCGGCGGCCACGCUGAGCAGGUAGGAGUCGCCCAGCGGGCGAGGCCGGACAGCGCCCUCGGGGAACUGGCGGUCCCGCGCUCCUCGCGAGCACAGGGAGCGGAGCGGGGCUGCGCCUAGUCCAUCGUCCAUCGGGACACCAGUUCCCCACACCCCCAGCUGUCCCUUCCUACCGCCGUCCCCCAGUUCGAGCGUGGAGCCAGGGUUGACCUCUGCCCCAGAGGUCUCCAAGGCCCCUAUCAGCGGAUCUUUACCCCGCAAGGGCCAGGCCGGCUUUCCAAUUUGACAGAUGGGAAAACAACGCCAGAAAGAUCGGCACCUGCCGGGGAACACACAGCUAGUCAAGGGCAGAUGAGGAUUUGAAUCCAAGUCUCAUGUCACCCUCUGACCCAGGCCAGUCGUUGGGCUUCCCAUCCCACUGCACCAGAGCCAUGAGCCACCAGAUCCUGCUACUCCUGGCCGUGCUGACCCUGGGCCAGGCCACCUCCCAACACCGAGACAAGGUGCCCUGUAAAAUGGUGGACAAAGAGACCUUGUGCCAGGGCCUUGGCCUAUUCCAGGUUCCCUCGGACCUGCCACCUGACAUUGAGAUCCUCAAUCUGUCUGGAAACCAGUUGCGGGGCAUCCUGGCCUCACCCCUGAGCAUCUACACAGCACUUCGUCACCUGGACCUGAGCACCAAUGAGAUCAGCUUCCUCCAGUCGGGAGUCUUCCAGGCCCUGCCUCACCUAGAGCACCUUAACCUGGCCCGCAACCGCCUAGCGGUGGGCACCAUGCUAAGCACCUCUGGUCUGGGACCCCUGCCACACGUGAUGUCCCUGGACCUGUCUGGGAACAGCCUAUACAGUGGCCUGGUGGAGCAGCUGCUGGGGGAGGCACCCGCCUUGCGUACCCUCUCGCUGGCAGAGAACAGCCUGACGCGCCUGACCCGCCAUACCUUCUGGGGCACGCCAGUGCUUGAGCAGCUUGACCUGCACAGCAAUGUGCUGAUGGACAUUGAGGACGGGGCUUUCGAGGCCCUGCCCCGCCUGGCCCACCUCAAUCUCUCCAGGAACUCCCUCACCUGCAUCUCUGACUUCAGCCUCCAGCAGCUGCGGGUACUCGACCUGAGCUGCAACAGUAUUGAGGCCUUUCAAACGGCCCCCAAUCCCCGGGCUGAGUACCAGCUUGCCUGGCUCGACCUGCGGGAGAACAAACUGCUCCACUUCCCUGACCUGGCCUCGCUCCCGAGGCUCAUCUACCUGAACGUGUCCAACAACCUCAUCCGGCUCCCUGCAGGGCCGCCCCAAGGCAGCGAGGGCAUCCAUGCACCUUCUGAGGGCUGGUCAGCCCUGCCCCUCUCAAACCCCAGCUGGAACACCAGCACCAACUCCCUCUCCCAGCUCUUGAAUCUGGAUUUGAGCUACAAUGAGAUUGAGCUCGUGCCUGAGGCCUUCUUUGAGCACCUGGUCUCCCUACGCUUCCUGAACCUCAGCCGAAACUGCUUGCGGGCCAUUGAGAUUCGGCGCACGAGCUCCCUGCCCUGCCUUAUGUUCCUGGAUGUCAGCCACAAUGCGCUGGAGACACUGGAGCUGGGCACCAGAACCCUGGGGUCGCUGCGGACGCUGCUCCUACAGGACAAUGCCCUGCAGGACCUGCCCCCAUAUACCUUUGCCAACCUGGCCAGCCUGCAGAGGCUCAACCUGCAAGGGAACCGGGUCAGCCCUUGCGGGGCGCCAGCUGAGCCUGGGCCCUCAGGCUGUGUGGCCUUCUCAGGCAUCUCCUCCCUCCACAUCCUGAACCUGGUGGACAAUGAGAUGGAGGUGCUCCCAGCAGGUGCCUUCCUCCACACGCCACUUACCGAGCUGGACCUCUCUGCCAACCCUGGGCUGGAUGUGGCCACUGGGGCCUUGGCAGGCCUGGAGGCCUCCUUGGAGGUCCUGGCCUUGCAGGGCAAUGGACUGGCCGUUCUGCAAGUGGACCUGCCCUGCUUCAGCUGCCUAAAGCGGCUCAACCUUGCUGAGAACCGCCUGAGCCACCUGCCUGCCUGGACACAGGCUGUGUCACUGGAGGUUCUGGACCUGAGGAACAACAGUUUCAGCCUCCUGCCCGGCAGUGCCAUGGGUGGCCUAGAGACCAGCCUCCGGCGUCUCUACCUGCAAGGCAAUCCACUCAGCUGCUGUGGAAAUGGCUGGCUGGCAGCACAGUUACACCAGGGCCGUGUGGACGUGGACGCCACCCAGGACCUGAUCUGCCGCUUCGUCUCCCAGGAGGAGGUGUACCUGAGUCAUGUGCGUCCUGAGGACUGUGAUAAGGGGGGACUCAAGAAUGUCAACCUCAUCAUCAUCCUCACCUUUGUACUGGUCUCUGCCAUCCUCCUCACCACCCUGGCCACAUGUUGCUGUGUCCGCCGGCAGAAGUUCAACCAACAGUAUAAAGCCUAGACAAGCUGGGGGAUGCAGAACAGCUCGGCCAGGAGCCCCUUCCAGGUCAGUGGGGAAGCCAAGGUCACACAGAAGGGUGGAGACUGACCUGAGGUCACACAGUGAGCCAGGGUCAAAGAAACCUGGUCUCUACGUCCCAGCUUAGAGCUCCUUUCCCUGCAUCUUGCUUCAUCAGUAGGUGACCCACUUCUCAGGGUGCACAUAUGGUCCAGCUGGGGAAGCCAGAAGUUGGGCAGUUUCAGGAGUAACAGAGAGUGAGUUUGACCCAUUGCAUCAACAAAUCUUUGCCAGGCAUCAUUUUGGUGCCACACCCUGCUCUGGACACUGGGGAUACCAGUGAAUGAGACACACCCCUGCCCUCAAGCAUCUCCCAGUCUGAGGGGAGGUGGUCACAAAGCUGUGCGGUGACCGCUCAGUGUGGAAGCCCAGGGCUCCAAAGCUCUGCAUCCCCAGCUGACUGAGUGUGGAGAGCCCAGCCCUGGCCAGGCUGUGGUAAGGGAGGGGCAAGACCAAGAGGAUUCGUCUGAGACGUUUCCAAGCAGACUGUUUGUCACAUCUUCUGAUAAUGACUUUCAGCUUUUCUGGAACAUGAAGAGCUUGUGACCGGAAGAGAACUGGAGCCACAUGAGCACGUCUUGGAUCCAGUGCUGUUAGGCGGGCUGCAGCAGCUCCAGGAGGCCCUGGCUGAGAGGCCGUCGCUCUGGGCUCCAGCCCAGGGCCAGGCCAUUCUGUUUCCUGCUCUGAACAGGCUGUUUCCCUACCUGACACUCUCAUGUUGCAUGUACUGGCCGAAACACUGUCCUAGCCAACGCCCCCACCCCAGGUCCCUGCCCCAUCACAGCUGCACUCUGGCUGGGGAGCCAGGAGUUCGCUUCUGAGGUAUCUGGUCCUGUUUUGCACCAGGCUUGGCAGCUGUAACAAACGCCAAGCCUGUGUCUGCCUCUUUAUGACAGCCCUCUGAGGUUGGUAUUUUAUCCCGUUUUACAAAGAGCCUCCAACAGUCUCUCUGCAGGGUCCUCUGGCUAAGAAAUGCCAUAACUAAGAUUCAGCAUCAUAUCGUCCUGACUCCAGGGCCUGAGCUUUACAGGCUGCUAAAUGGACAGGAUGUGGCCCCACAUCAUGGGAACAAGGCUCAGGAGCAUCCUAUGCUACACACCCCCACCCUCUCCUCUCCCUCGUCUCUCCCCGAGGACCCGCAGACCCAGGCCCUCUCCUCCUUCUCUGCCCUACAUCUCCCUUAUUCCCUCCUUUGUGGACUGGUGCGGGUUCUCCUUCUCCUCUUCUUGCUCUUGCGUUCUCCUGCAUUCCCUCAUCCUCCACUGAGUACAGCCUGGAAUUUGAGACCAUUGAAUCCUGCCUCCCCAUUGCACAGGGAAACUGAGGCUUAAGAAGAGAAUGGGAUUUGCUCAGAGCCUCACAAGUCAGUGGCAGAGCCUGUGGAAAAAGGUGGAUUCAGACCUCAUGGGGGGAGGCAGGCAGCGGGGUGCAGUGAUUGAGGGUUGGACCUGAGUGGUUUCCUUCUCUCUCCGUUGUCCUAUCACAAGAUAAUGCUGGCUUCAGACUCUUUCUGGUUCUCAUCAUGCAAGGGUGAUUUUUCCCCUAGAAAAGUGGGUAGAAAACCCAUUGUCUUGCCUGAGGUUUUCAGCUCUGCGCAAGUUCACUGUGGAUUCGGGGAAACCGAGAAAUAACAAUGGAAUGUUCUUGGGGCUAAAGAGUUUAUACCCGGCUCUAUUCUCAUGACAGUAGAUCAAGCACUAAAUCACGUCUUCAUCCAACAGUCUGCAGGUCUGUAAUCCACCUCCAUCUCUGCUUCUACCCAAAGCACUGGGCAGGGCUCUUUAUAUAGUGACUCAGUCAGUAAUAGCUUAUUGCUUAUGGGUAUGGAAGCAUUAGUUCAGCAGUAGGCCAGUUUCAUCAUCAAGUAGUUUAGGGUCAAGUGAGGAUCCUGGCCAUAGGAACUUCCAUUUUCCCCACACCCAUCUAGGUAUAACCCCCAUCCUUCAUACCCAUAGAAUCAGGGUCUGUCCAGGAAGAACAGAAGCCCUGGGAUCGGCCCCAGACCCUGUUACUGUCUUCACCCUCUUGACUCACAAUGGUGCUUGGUAAAGAAUGAGACAAUGAAAAACACCCCUCUUUUCCCCUGUUUCACAGUUGAGAAAACUGAGGCCCAGAGACAGUCAAAGACUCAGGGAGUCAGUGACAGAGGCAGGGCUAGAACCUAGUGUCCUGGCCCCAGCCUGGGGCCCUGGGGGUGCGCAGGGCAGCCAGGGGUAUCUAGUUCUGAUUGGGGUUGUGACCUCAGGUGCUCACUGCCCACACACUCUUCCUCAGGCCCAGAAGGCAAAGUAUGGGCCCCUUCAUGCCUAAUCUUUGAAAACACUACACAAUGCUGCUCUCACCGCCCAGAAGACAGGCCACCGCCCAGGCCUCAGGACAGCUCUUUGUAUAACCCACAUGAAUGUAUUAAAAAAAAUAAUUUUGGAGAAGCAA